AUGCAAGAAUCUUUAAUUGAUGAGAUGAAUAUUCGUCGACGUCAUGAUGAGAAAAAUAUGAAAACCGCAUCAACACAAUCAUUAAAUAAUUUAAAUUUACAAUUAAAAGAGUUUAAAAUAGCGGAACAAACUAAUUCCAAUAGUCCAGAUAAUGAUAAGCAUAGAUUUGUACAUGAUGUUGUCUGGUGUGAUUUAGCUGAACAAUUUCGAUUGAACUUAAUUACACAGUUAGAUGAGCAUUUAAAAGUAUCAUUGAAUGACCUAGUAAGUACAGCAAUUUCAAGAGAUAGUUAUUUACAAAGUACACAAGCACUUAAUGACUGGAUGACUGAUAAGCAUAAAACAGAGUGUAAAUCGCUAACCUCCCACAGUCUACCAACGAAACAUUAUCGUACUCGUGACUCUGUACUGACUACACUGUUUCAAAUCUCUCAUAUACGUACUGUUUAUAAUAUAUUUGUUGCUGUGACAAUAAUCUUCUCAGCGAAUACAGUGAUACAAGAUUUUAUUGAUCCUAAGAUUAAUUUAUAUGCCUACGAUAUGGACAUAUUGCGGUUCACAUUUGGUAAUUUAGAUGAUGUAUUCCGUAUAUGGCUUUCAAUGAAGAUGUCCACUAUUUUUAUACCAUUUUGGGGUGUUCUAUUGUGGAUGGCUUAUAGACCAAAAAUCGGCAACAAAAUCUGUUCAACGGAUUGGGUUUUCUUUAUUGCGUAUAUCAUUUAUCAGGUGGUGUUUUUUAUGACGUCAUUUCGAUUUACAAUAAUUUGUGACCUACCACCGGCUAGUACAGCAAUCGUAACAGGUGAACAAGUUCGAUUAGUUAUGAAAUCACAUGCAUUCGUACGCUAUGCAAUUGGUAGAAUAUUUGAAGAAGGUCAAGAUGAAUCAACACCACCAUCACCAACGACCAGUGUAACAGUAGGAAUCAAUAAUAAUCAUCAUGUAAACCAAUCAAAUUCAUGUAUUAUAGAAAUGGAGGAAUUUCCUAAUUUCUCACGUUAUCUUUAUUUUUUGCUAGCCCCAACUUUAGUUUAUCGUGAAAAAUAUCCACGUACUCGUAGGAUACGAUGGUAUUUUGUUUUUUCCAAUUUCUUACAAGGUAGUGGACGUGGUUGGAAUGUAGCUAUUUGGAUAUUACUAUUUAUUGGUUGGGGUCAAAUGAUUUGUUUAUAUUCAAUGGAAUGGUAUGCACGAAAAAACUGUCCACCAGUUAUGGAUGGUUAUCUAAAUUUCUUUAUGCCACAUAUUAUAUUGUGUCCUAGUACUAAUCAUACUGGGCAUGUUUGA